GCAGGCGGCCGCAGCCAUGCCGAGCGCUAAGGAGACGCGGCUGCUGCACCUCGGCGAGAUGGAGAAGAUGGAGAAGACCCUCUUCAGGCUUGAGCAAGGUUUUGAACUACAGUUUCGAUUGGGCCCGACUCUUCAAGGCAAGCCUGUUACUGUGUACACAAAUUAUCCAGCUUCUGGAGAAGUAUUUGAUCGCCACAAGUUCAGGGCCCUGUCGUGGCACAAUCCCACAGGAAAAGAAGAUGACUCUGACAAAUACUGCAAGCUGGAUCUCCUGAUUUCUGGGUCAUACCAGUACUAUUUCAGUCUUGGAAAUGAAAAAAGUGGUGGAGGUUACAUAGUUGUGGAUCCCAUUUUGCGUGUUGGAGCGGACAAUCAUGUAUUACCAUUGGAUUGUGUUACACUCCAGACGUUCCUUGCUAAGUGUCUGGGACCGUUUCACGAAUGGGAAGAUAGGCUUAAAGUUGCGAAAGAAACAGGUUACAACAUGAUUCACUUUACACCACUGCAGAAGCUUGGACUGUCCAGAUCAUGUUACUCACUGGCUGAUCAGUUAGAAGUAAAUCCUGAAUUUUCAAGCCAUAAUAAAAAGUGCACUUGGAGUGAUAUAGGAGCUCUCGUGGAAAAAAUGAAAAAUGAAUGGAACAUGCUUUGCAUCACAGAUGUAGUCUACAAUCAUACUGCUACUAACAGUGAGUGGCUCAGGAUGCAUCCAGAAUGUGGCUAUAACCUUGUAAAUUCUCCUCACCUGAAGCCAGCUUGGGUCUUGGAUAGAGCUCUGUGGCACUUGACCUGUAUGGUGGCUGAUGGAAAGUAUACUGCUAAAGGUGUGCCUCCCUUGAUUGAAAAUGAUCAUCACCUGAAUUGUAUCCGUAAAAUAAUUUGGGAAGAUAUAUACCCAAAAAUUAAGCUAUGGGAGUUUUUCCAAGUGGAUGUUAACAAAGCUGUGCAGCAAUUUAAAACGCUUCUUACUCAAGGCAAAAUGAGCACUAAAUCUGAUCCAAAUCAACAUCUUCAAGUAGUUCAGGACCCUGAUUUUAGACGAUUUGGCUGUACUGUAGAUAUGAAUAUAGCCUUGGCAACAUUCAUACCACACAGCAAUGGACCAGCUGCAAUAGAAGAAUGUUGCAACUGGUUUCGCAAGAGGAUUGAGGAAUUGAACACUGAACAAUACAGACAAACUAAUCACCACCAAGAGCAGGCCAUCAAUUGUCUUGUGGGGACUGUGGUUUAUGAACGACUGGCUGGUGAUGGUCCUAAGCUGGGUCCUAUCAGUAGAAAAUAUCCCUUAGUUACCAGGUAUUUUACUUACCCAUUCAAAGAGCUGACUGUGGAGGAAGAAGAGACUAUGAUACAUCAGCCAGAUAAAGCUUGUUAUUUCAUGGCUCAUAAUGGCUGGGUUAUGGGGGAUGAUCCUCUCAGAAACUUUGCAGAACCAGGCUCAAAUGUUUACUUGAGAAGAGAGCUUAUUUGUUGGGGAGACAGUGUGAAACUGCGUUACGGUAAAAAACCUGAAGACUGCCCAUACCUCUGGGCACAUAUGAAGAAAUACACUGAAAUCACUGCCAAACAUUUCCACGGUGUUCGUCUUGACAAUUGUCACUCAACACCUAUUCAUGUAGCUGAGUACAUGCUGGACACAGCUAGAAAAUUGCGAGCCAAUUUGUAUGUAGUGGCUGAACUGUUCACGGGAAAUGAGGAGCUGGACAAUAUCUUUGUGAAUAGGCUGGGCAUUACCUCCUUAAUAAGAGAGGCAAUGACCGCUUAUAAUAGCCAUGAAGAGGGAAGGCUGGUUUAUCGUUUUGGAGGUGAACCUGUUGGCUCUUUUGUUCAGCCACGUUUGAGGCCUUUGAUGCCAGCUAUUGCUCAUGCACUGUUCAUGGAUAUUACACAUGACAAUGAAUGUCCAAUUCAGCACCGAUCUGCAUAUGAUGCUCUUCCUAGUGCAAUGAUUGUUUCCAUGGCAUGUUGUGCUACAGGAAGCACCAAAGGCUAUGAUGAACUAGUACCACACCAGAUCUCUGUAGUAUCUGAAGAGAGGUUUUAUUCUAAAUGGAAUCCAGCAGCACACCUGAGUUCUGGUGAAGUUAACUUCCAAACAGGAAUUCUAGCAGGAAGGCUGGCCAUAAACAGGCUGCAUCAGGAGCUAGGAGCUAAAGGCUUUAAUCAGGUGUAUGUGGAUCAAGUUGAUGAAGAUAUAGUGGCAGUGACAAGACAUUGCCCAAACACACACCAAUCUGUUGUGGCUGUAAGUCGAACUGCCUUUAGGGAUCCUAAAACGUCCUUCUUCAGUAAAGAAGUACCCGAAAUGUGUAUCCCAGGAAAAAUAGAAGAAGUAGUACUUGAGGCUAGGACUAUUGAGAGAAAAGCUAGUCCUUACAGAAAAGAUGAACAUUUUAUAAAUGGAUUGCCUAAUUUCACAGUGGAACUCAGAGAGCAUAUCCAGAUUAAAGAGAGUAAAAUUAUAAAGCAAGCUGGAACUGCCAUAAAAGGGCCAAAUGAAUUUGUUCAAGAAAUAGAAUUUGAAAAGUUAACACCAGGAAGUGUAAUAGUAUUCAGAGUUAGUCUGGACCCAAAGGCACAAGAGGCUGUUGGUGUACUCCGCAAUCAUUUGAUCCAGUUCAGCCCUCAUUUUAAAUCUGGAAGUCUUCCUGAUGAUCAUUCAGAACCUAUAUUAAAAACAUUAUUUUCUUCUAUUGCAUCUAAACUAACUUUGGCUGACCUAAAUCAAGUACUGUAUAGGUGUGAGGCAGAAGAGCAAGAAGAUGGUGGAGGUUGCUACGAUGUACCAAACUGGUCACCGCUGAAGUAUGCAGGCCUGCAAGGGUUUAUGUCAGUGAUGGCAGACAUCAGACCAAAGAAUGACUUGGGUCAUCCAUUUUGUGAUAACUUAAGAUCUGGAGACUGGAUGAUCGAUUAUGUCAGUAAUCGUCUGAUUUCACGUGCAGGAGCCUGUGCAGAAGUUGGCAGAUGGUUGAAGGCCAUGUUUGUCUACCUAAAAAGAAUUCCACGUUACCUCAUCCCCUGUUACUUUGAUGCCAUAUUAGUGGGUGCAUACACAACACUUCUGGAUGUGGGAUGGCAUCAGAUGUCUAGCUUUGUGCAGAAUGGUUCAACAUUUGUUAAACACCUUUCCUUGGGUUCAGUCCAGAUGUGUGGGAUAGGAAAAUACUCUUCUCUGCCAGAUCUGUCGCCUUCCUUACGUGAUGUUCCUCGUAGGCUGAAUGAGAUUACAGAUAAGGAAGAACAGUGUUCUGUUUCCUUGGCAGCUGGUUUACCUCACUUUUCUUCUGGAAUUUUUCGCUCCUGGGGAAGGGAUACCUUUAUUGCACUGAGAGGUCUAAUGUUAGUUACCGGGCGAUAUCUAGAAGCAAGAAACAUCAUUUUAGCAUUUGGUGGGACCUUAAGACAUGGUCUCAUUCCCAAUCUGCUUGGUCAGGGGACACAUGCCAGAUACAACUGUCGUGAUGCUGUAUGGUGGUGGCUUCAGUGUAUCCAGGACUACUGUAAAAUUGUUCCAGAUGGAUUAGACAUUCUCAGGUGUCCUGUUUCUAGGAUGUACCCAAGAGAUGACUCUUCUCCUCAGCCUGCAGGCACUGUGGAUCAGCCACUUUAUGAAGUAAUACAGGAAGCAAUGCAACGACACAUGGAAGGCAUAAGUUUCAGAGAAAGGCAUGCUGGUCCGCAGAUAGAUCAGAACAUGAGAGAUGAAGGUUUUAAUGUAACUGCAGGUGUUGACCUUGAAACUGGCUUUGUCUUUGGUGGGAACCGCUUCAAUUGCGGCACUUGGAUGGAUAAAAUGGGAGAGAGUGACAGAGCUCGCAACAGAGGCAUUCCAGCUACUCCAAGAGAUGGCUCUGCUGUGGAAAUUGUUGGCCUGUGCAAGUCGGCUGUUCGCUGGUUGGUGGAUUUAUCUGGGAAAAAUGUGUUUCCAUUCCAUGGAGUGACUGUAAAAAGACAUGGGAAGGAGGAGACUAUCACAUAUGAUGAGUGGAACAGAAAAAUUCAAGGACACUUUGAAAGGCUGUUCUUUGUCUCUGAGAACCCAGCAGAUCCUAAUGAGAAACAUCCAAAUCUUGUUCACAAACGUGGAAUUUAUAAGGACAGCUAUGGAGCUUCAAGUCCAUGGUGUGAUUACCAACUCAGGCCAAAUUUUACAAUAGCAAUGGUUGUGGCCCCUGAGUUGUUCAUGCCUGAGAGAGCUUGGAAAGCUCUGCAGAUAGCAGAGGAAAAACUGCUUGGUCCAUUAGGCAUGAAAACCUUAGACCCAGAUGAUAUGGUUUACUGCGGCGUAUAUGAUAAUGCUCUUGACAAUGACAACUAUAAUGUAGCCAGAGGUUUUAAUUAUCAUCAGGGACCUGAAUGGCUGUGGCCAAUUGGAUAUUUUCUUCGGGCCAAACUGUACUUCUCAAAGUUGAUUGGUCCAGAGAUAUAUGCAAAAACUGUUGUUAUGAUUAAGAAUGUUCUUUCUCGACACUAUGUUCACCUUGAAAAAUCAUCCUGGAAAGGGCUUCCAGAACUGACAAAUGAAAAUGGACAGUAUUGCCCGUUUAGCUGUGAAACUCAGGCCUGGUCAAUUGGUGUUAUCCUCGAAAUCCUUUAUGACUUGUAAAAGUUUAUUUUGAUGGAUUUGAUGAAACUUCUGUGGUCUUAUUAUUGGGCAUAAAUGAACACUUGGCAGCCUCUGCAAGGGAAAUGUCCUGUUCUGCACAAUCACUUAACCUGGGUCCUGACUUUCAAAGAUGCUGAAUGCUCGCAGCUCCUAUCCCCUCUAACAGUGUAGGGCCUG